UUUAAACCCGGACAAUAUAAGCUGCAACACCAAACAAAUGGUCAAUUUUAACACGUGCGGGACUUAUUCUGAAUGUACGCGCGGUGCAUAAAUAUAAAGAUCUUAUCAAUAUAAAUUAAAACACACACACACACAAACACACACACACACACCGAGACAGAAUGGUGGGGAAAAUUAAACGGGCCCGACAGAAGCUCCACCACGGCGCUGUAAAGCUGGAAAAUGAGCCCGAAAACAAACCCAUGCUGGGGGAUCUAGAGAAGAUACAGAUCAAGCCCAUUCAGCUCAUUAAAACAGAUUCAAAAGAGACCAAACUCAACACAUCUGACAGCAGCAUAAACAAUAAAUCAAAGGCGUUCAGUUUUCCCACUGGAGUCUUUGCUGGAACUAAAAUCUCCCCUGAGGCUUUAGUUCAAACUUCCCACUGGAAGGGGUCUUUAGAGGUGCAGAUGCCAGUUAAAUUGGGCACAGGGGAAAAGAAACAUCAGUCAAAGAAAGAAAAAAUGAAGGAGCGCAGGGAAAGAUGGCUUAACAAGAUCAGUGCGAUCAAACUGGCGCGUGAGCAGCAGGUGGCGCAGGCGCGGAGGAAGGCCACACCUGUGGUGGGAGACAUGAGACCGCUGGCCGACGCCCUUCCUGAACUCUCCCAGCUCCUCCCGCCUCUCAAAUCCCCCGCCAGCGCACAGCGGAAAAACAAAGCUUCGGUUAAGAAGAAACCAGAACCCACAAAUUUCAGCCAGAUGAAACCAGCCCAGAAACGAAAACUACUCGAGACGGAAGCAUCUCACUUCAUCGAAGCCAUAAAAAAUCCCACCUUCAAGACCAACCCUUUAGCUGCGAUUGGUGAACAUCUCCGAAAACGACUCAAGCAGGAAGACGAACAGAGUUAAUCGCCACUCUGCAGCGCCGCCCUGUUGGUAGACCUAAAGAACUGUGUUUUAUUAUAUGCUGGUACAUCAAACCAAGCAAAUACAGUUAAACCGGUUUUAUACUUCAUAAUAGAAUAUGAAAACGAAGAGGAAUUCCGAGAUUUGCAUAACUUGCAAUAUUAACACUAUAAAGGAAACACAGUUUCUGUGUGUACUUUAGUAAAUGAGUUUAUGCAAAACGAAUUGCUUUGAUGAUCAUGAUACCAGAUAUUUAAUGUGUGUUUUUGCUCUUGGUAAGAUCAAAAUAAAUCCAGUGGGAAAUGACUAUGCAUAUGUUUUUUCUUUAUUAUCAGCACAUGCCAAGAAAAGCUUGACUUAUAACAAUAAAAUGGUCAAAAAC